AUGCAAGAGGUGUUUGUAGUGGCGGUGGCGCGGACUCCGAUUGGCUCAUUCCGGGGCUCACUAUCCGGGCUGUCGGCCUCCGAGUUGGGCUCCGUUGCCAUCAAAGCGGCGCUCGAGAGGGCCCACAUCACCGGCGACGACGUGGACGAAGUGUACUACGGGUGCGCAUUGCAGGCCGGACUGGGACAGGCGCCGGCCAGACAGGCGGCGCUGGGGGCCGGAGUGGCCAACACCACGCCCUGCACCACCGUCAACAAGAUGUGCUCGUCGUCCACCAAAGCCGUUAUCAUCGGCGCCCAAACCAUACAGACCGGCGCCAACGACGUGGUGCUGGUCGGCGGCACAGAGUCCAUGUCCAACGCGCCCUACUAUCUGGCCAGAGGUGACACCCCGUACGGCGCGCUCGCGCUGCGCGACAGUAUAGAGUCGGACGGACUGUUGGAUGUGUACACUCGGCUGUCGAUGGGUCUGUGCGCCGAGAAUUUGGCCAAAAAGUUCGCGAUUACCCGCGCGGACAGCGACCGACACGCCAUCGAGAGCUACCGGCGCUCGUGUCGGUCGUCGGAGUCCGGUCUCUACGACCGGGAGAUAGUGUCGGUGACUGUCGCCGGCCUACGCGGCCAACCGGACCGCACGGUCACCGUUGACGAGGAGUUGUCGCGCGUAAACUACGAUAAGAUACAGACACUUAAGCCGUCGUUUACCACAGACGGUGUGAUCACAGCCGCCACUACUGGCGCUUUCAGCGACGGCGCCGCCGCUCUGGUACUCAUGUCGGCGGCGGCCGUCAAAAAGUUUGCGGCCAAACCGUUGGCCAAAGUGGUGGCCACCGCCGACGCCGGUGUCGACCCGAUUGACUUUGGUCUCGCGCCCUCUUUCGCCGUUCCCAAACUGUUGAAUAGGGCGGGCAUAACGGCCGCACAGGUAGCCCAUUACGAACUGAACGAGCCGUUCGCCAGCGUAGGUGUGGCUAAUCUCAGACAACUGGGUCUUGAAGACCAGUUGAACAAAGUGAACCCCAAUGGGGGUUCGGUGGCGUUGGGUCACCCAUUAGGAUUUUCCGGGGCCCGUAUUGUCGGUCAUUUGGCCCUUAACUUAAAGCCCGGCGAGUAUGGGGUGGCGUCCACUUGCAAUGGGGGCGGAGGCGCCUCCGCUUUGUUACUGCAAAAAGUUUAAGUUUUUACACGCCU